ACAUCACUGCCUUUCUUACGCACUGUUUGCGUGUAUAGAUUAUGAAUUGAUUAUGCAAUCGUAGCCGGUUUAAUGUUUUGACGAAGACCCAAUUUCUCUAUUCCUUGGGCCAUACUUCGUCUCGAUUUUCUUCAUUAAUUUAUAGAUUUUGAAACUUACCCAAGUGAUUAAACCUCCUAGAUUCAUGGUCAAUCUCUUGUGAUUAUCGGAUAGGAGACUACAGGAAACUUCUGUACUGUAGAGGUUCCUUGUAGCGUUGGAUUUUCGACGGCAGGGUUUAUUGAACUGGUCGUAGCUACUAUUGCCUUUCUUGGUCUUUUUUUAUUCAUUUUUCUGCUUGAUCUUUGCUGCGAUUUCAGAAACAGAUAUAAAUACACAGAUAUUAGUAUUGGAUUUUGCUGGUAAAAUUGAAGAUCCAAGUUCUUCAGAACCUGAUUGUUUAGAAGAUCAUUGGUUCAUGUGUUCUUUGUUCUUUUGCAGGUGAUUAGUUGACUUUUUGUGUGCUGAGGAAUUUGCAGAUUUUUGAGCUAUGGGAAGUAAGAAUUCGAAGGAGACGGAUCAAAGAGAGUUUGAUUCAGAUGGGUUUGGGAAUUCUUCAACGUGGGGUUAUGACAAUUAUCCUCCACCUUCGCCGUAUGUUGAGCAGUAUUCAUAUCCACAACGCUCUGAUUAUGGGUCACAAACACCACUACCACAGAGGAGGUUGGAUAGGAAAUAUUCAAGAAUUGCUGACCAUUACCAAUCCUUGGAUGAGGUGACAGCAGCUCUUGCUCAAGCUGGACUAGAGUCCUCUAAUCUCAUUGUGGGAAUCGAUUUCACGAAGAGCAACGAGUGGACAGGUUCAAGGUCGUUUAAUCGACGUAGUUUACACCACAUUGGGAACGUGCAGAAUCCAUACGAACAAGCCAUAUCAAUUAUUGGACAGACCUUAUCAGCUUUUGAUGAGGACAACAUGAUUCCAUGUUAUGGAUUUGGAGAUGCAUCUACACAUGAUCAAAAUGUCUUUAGCUUUUACGACAAUGACAGGAUCUGUAAUGGAUUUGAGGAAGUUUUGCAUCGUUACAAAGAAAUCGUCCCCAACUUACGACUUGCAGGACCUACAUCUUUUGCACCAAUCAUUGAGAUGGCCAUGACAAUAGUUGAGCAAACUGGUGGUCAGUACCAUGUUUUGCUGAUAAUUGCAGAUGGGCAGGUCACAAGAAGUGUCGACACAAAUAACGGUCAACUGAGUUCACAAGAACGAAACACCGUCGAUGCGAUUGUUAGAGCAAGUGAGUACCCGUUGUCAAUAAUCUUGGUUGGAGUCGGAGACGGGCCAUGGGACAUGAUGAAGAAUUUUGACGACAACAUCCCAGCUCGAGCUUUCGAUAACUUUCAGUUUGUCAAUUUCACUGAGAUUAUGUCAAAAAAUGUGAACUCUACCAGAAGGCAGACUGAGUUUGCUCUAGCUGCCUUAAUGGAAAUACCUUCUCAAUAUCAGGCUACUCUAGAGCUUGGCCUAUUGGGUCGACGACGAGGGAGUUCGCCGGAGAGAGUACCUCUUCCGCCUCCUUUGUACAGCACGACACCGUUCAACGGCUACCCGAGAACCCCACGAGCCAACAGUUUUCAGACUCGAACGCCUUCACAUGGUAGAUAUAACCAAGGAGUUGGCACAACUUCAUCCACCAGUUCUCAUUAUGAUAACCAGAUUUGCCCCAUUUGUCUCACUAAUCCAAAGGACAUGGCGUUUGGUUGCGGGCAUCAGACAUGCUGCGACUGCGGAGAAACGCUCGAGUCGUGCCCCAUCUGCCGAAGCUCUAUUCAAACUAGAAUAAGGCUUUAUUAAGUCCUGCCAUGUGAUACCUAUGGCUCAUUUAUUUCAUUUUUUGGAUCCUCAACUCCUGCAAUGGGCCAGGUCUCUCGAAGCGAGGUACAACGGGAAGGUACGUAACUGCAGAUUACUAUAUCUUCGUCUUGUUAAAUGGCGGUUUCGAUGAACAUCAAUACUGUUCUACAGGGUGUGUUUGUACAUAUGGUGGAUGUUUUUGUUAGCCUGCCUCAUCACUGACUAUACACAACUAUACCUGUUUGUAGAAGCUUCAAAAGGAGUUCGUUUUAAUCUUAUCGUUCAGCUUGUUUCGUUCUUAGAAAUCAUUUUUACGUGCAUACGUCGUUGUACAUAUCGGUUUCUGGGUUGUAAUAAGUCUUCCUGCUUGUUUAUCAUCAACUAAGCAGACGUUUCUUUCUGAAAUAAAAUUCAUCAUUGUCAUUGAAUA